CUGAGUUGUUUCGGUUUAGCCGAGAUCUUCCAGCAGGGUCAACACAUGAACAUUAUCGAUGUAAUUAAUACUCGGUUGUAAGGCUGUGCUCGUGUAUUUGUGUGAAUCUUUUGGACUUUUCGCUUUGCCGUACUAGCACGAUGCCACGUGACCGCAAGGGGGCGGGGAGACAGUUAGAAAGUGUGACAGAUCGCAAAUAAUCUCUGUUAAUAACCAAAGAAAUGAGCGCUCCUAACAUGAACAUGAUCACCGUCAUCGGCAGUGGGCUGAUUGGCCGCUCCUGGGCCAUGGUGUUUGCCAGUGGAGGCUACAGCGUGAAGCUCUACGACAAGCAGCCAGGCCAAGCAGCCAGUGCCAUCGCAGAGAUCAGGAAACAGAUGUUGGAGUUGGAGGAAGCAGGAAUGCUGAGAGGACAGCUGGGGGCCACACAGCAGAUGGCCCUGCUCAGCACUCAUGAUGACCUGCAGCUGGCACUGCACCACUCCUUCUUUGUCCAGGAGUGUGUGUUUGAGCAGCUGGAGGUGAAGCAGGACAUGUUCCAGGACGUGGAGCCUCUGGUGGGGAAGGACGUGAUCCUGAGCAGCUCCACUUCCUGUCUGGUGCCCAGCAAGGUCUUUUCCAAAGUCCAGAACAGGAGCCGCUGCAUCGUCUCUCAUCCGGUCAAUCCGCCUUACUACGUCAAACUGGUGGAGCUGGUACCUCACCCUGACACCACACCACUGGUCAUGGACAGAACCUACGCCCUCAUGACCAAAGUGGGUCAGGUGCCCGUCCGCCUGAAGAAAGAGAUCGAUGGCUUCACCCUCAACAGAGUGCAGGCGGCCAUCAUUGCAGAGUCCUGGAGGCUGGUCCAGGACGGCAUCAUCUCAGUCCAGGACAUUGAUCUGGUGAUGUCAGAGGGACUGGGAAUGCGCUACGCCUUCAUCGGUCCCAUGGAAACCAUGCACCUCAACGCACCUGAAGGUCUGGGGGACUACAUGAGUCGCUACGGAGAAGGCAUCCAAAGGGUGCUGAGGUCCUUCGGGCCUGUCCCAGACCUGUGCGCUGAAGAUGCCGAGAGCGUCGUGAGCGAGAUGUGCCAGCUGAUCCCCAACGACCAGCAGCACCUGUCGGCCAGGAGACAAAGACGUGACCAGCUCCUCAUGGGUCUGGCCAGGCUCAAGCAGGACCAGUGAAGCUGAGGACCCAGCAGGACCACCAGCAAGAAUUCUACUGCUUUUAACCAGCAGCCAAUAAUGAUGAUGGACCUAAAACCACUCUAGCAAAUACUUGUCCUUUGUAUGGAAGCCACUAGAAACAUGCACAAACUCCAAUUGUAAGUCAUUAAUUAUGGGAUGAACAUGAUCAGAUAACAAAUCAUGAUUAUAAAUCAUAAAUCAUAAAUAAUAAAUAUAAAUCGUUUGAGGUGCUUA